AUGCUUAUCAAUCAUUUUUUCAAAUCCAACCAGGCCUUUAGCUACGAAGCUCUUCGGGCUGCUGGCUAUAGUAACCAUGGUGGGGCAGAUCUUGGUGAAGUGGUAGCUAUCUGCUCCAAGAUCCGGCCAGGGAACGAGGAUGAUUGGGAGCGCGAAUGGCAGAAAGCUGCCGAACGAGCAUUAUCCAAUGCGAAGCACUCGGACUCGGCGAAAAACAAUAAAAGUGCCUACCAUGGAUAUCUUCGUGCAUCGAAUUACUUCCGCACCGCCGACUUCUUUCGCCGAGAAAAUGUCAAUGAGGACAAGAAGUCGCAUUUCUUAUACGAGAGGUCAGAAACUGCCUUUGUAGAGGCAAUGAGGCUGUCUACGUUUACUUACGAGUCGAUCAACAUUUCCUACCAAGGGACGUCAUUGCCUGGCUACUUUGUUAGUCCUGACAGUACACAAAAGCCACGACGAACGAUUAUUUUCAACGGUGGCUAUGACUCAACCAUGAGUGAGGGGUGGUUUGCGAUUGGAGCGGCAGCCUUAGAGAGAGGCUAUAACUUCCUCGCAUUUGAUGGUCCCGGACAAGGUGCAGCUAUUCGUCAACAGCAUAUGCACUUCAGACCCGACUGGGAGAAUGUGCUCACCCCCGUUGUCGACUAUGCUUUAACCCGCGUGGACAUUGAUGCCAACGCCAUAGUCAUCUUUGGGUGGAGCAUGGGUGGAUAUCUUGUGGCACGAGGAGCGACGCAGGAGCACCGGGCCCGAGCUAUCAUCCUGGAUGAUGGUGUAUACGAUUUUGGCUCUGCAUUCCGAGCCCAUCAGCCGUCCUUUGUUCAACGGCUGGUCGAAAAGGAGUACGAUUGGUUUUACAAUUGGAUGUUUCACUGUGUACAAUCUUUUUCUACGGGAAUCCGGUGGGCCCUGAACAAUGGCAAAUGGACCUUCGGCGUGGCAUCUGCUGGGGAUCUGAGUCGCGCAGUCAACAAAUAUACCUUGGAGGGCAUUAGUCAAGAUAUUGUGACGCCGUGCCUGAUAAUUGAUGCUGAGAAUGAUCAUUUCCUGAAAGGCCAACCAGAGGUGCUUCGAAGAAAUUUGAAAUGCGAACACCAAUUUGUCAGUCUGCGAGCAGAUGAAGGUGGAGAUACCCAUUGUCACCAAGGAGCCUUCUUUCGGUUGCAUCAAGUUAUUUUUGACUAUCUAGAGCCGCGCCUCACCUCACAUGAGCCACUGUGA